UUCAGCUUUCAGUGAUGGCGGCUGCUGAUCUGAGUAGUGAUCUAACCUGCUCCGUGUGCCAGGAGAUUUAUAGAGAUCCUGUAACGCUGCCAUGUGGACAUACCUUCUGCAAGCACUGCAUUGGGAAAACAAUGACUGUUCAGAAAGAUUAUUUGGAGACAGAUCCUUCCUGCCCUGAAUGCAGACAGAGAUAUAGAAAAGGGCUUGAACUGAAAAGAAAUGUCACCCUGCGUAACAUAGCAGAGCGACUCCUUCCUGACAAUAUAAAAUGCCCUGCACACAAUGAGCACCUGAAGUAUUACUGCUGGGAGGAUGGUGCCUGUAUCUGUGAGUCCUGCUGCCAGGUUGGAGAACACAAGCAACAUGUGGUAGAGCUGCUGAGUGAGGCAUCUGAGAAGCAAAAAGACAAACUGAGAGAUGUUCUGAAGAAACUGACCCCAGAGAGAGGGGAGACUGAGAGACAAGUCCAAAUUCUGCAAGCGAGCAACGAAGAAGUGAAAGAAAAAGUAGCCGGUGAACGAGUGAGAGUCACCACUUUGUUUAAGGGCAUCAGGAAAAUGUUGGAAGAACUAGAGAAGCAAAAUCUGGAUGAAGUCACAAAGCAGGAAAAGAGGCUUUCAUUCCCUUUUACUGAUCUGAUCAUGAAGCUGGAAGAAAAGAAGAGGAAGCUGUCAACAAAGAUUUGUGACAUCGAGCAGCUGUGCAACAUGGCGGAUCCAUUGACUUUCUUACAGGCACAUGGAUCAGAUAUUGCUGCCUUACAAUGUAUUGGCAAUGAAGAGCAUGAGGGCAGAGAGAGAGAUGGUCAAAAUGUCCCACCUGUAGGGGACCUGGAUCUGGAUCUGAUCCCAGAGACAUUACUUGAGGGCCUAGCUACAAUUGUGACUGUUGUACAGGGAUGGAGAAUCUAUGGGAAGAAGGUUACAGACAUGUUAAUGGAUAGAAACACAACUGGGGAUAAUGUGCAGGUAUCCAGGGAUGGGAAAUCUGUAUCUUACUCAAAGACAGACCAGCAUUAUCCACAAAACCCAGAGCGAUUUCACAUUUCUCAAGGUUUAAGCUUCACGAGUUUUUCCUCAGGGAGACAUUAUUGGGAAGUGGAGGGCAGUGAAUCAGGUCACUGGAAGGUAGGGGUAGCCUAUCCCAGUAUAAAGAGGAACGGGGGCGAGUCCUUUCUUGGGAAUAAUAACAAGUCCUGGUGUUUGAGCAGAUGGGAAAAUAUCUAUUCAGUGAUGCAUAACAACAAUUGGACGAAUUUAUCUCAUGGUCCUUCAUGUGGGAGAAUCAGAAUCUCCCUGGACUAUGAGGCUGGAUGUCUGUCCUUUUAUGAGUUGAGUGGAUCAAUCAGACACUUACACACCUUCACUGGCACCUUUACUGAGCCCCUUCAUGCUGCAUUCUGGGUAUGGGAAAAUACCUGCGUCAGAAUCAUUAGUUAGAUCACUGACCACUGCCCUACCAGGAAUACCAUUCCUAUGUAUGGAACCUGUUUAUCCACCACGAUCAAGACCUGGGGUUUUCAUAGAUCUUUCUGUAAUUUAGAUCUCAAUACUUUAAGUCUACCAAGAAAUCAUUUAAAUAAUAAUGAAACCCAA